AUGAACAGAUUAAUACGUACUUCAUUACAAUCACGAGCAUUCAGCUCAACCAGACUCGCAGCAGACCUAAACAAGAUCAUACUCGUCGGCCGCAUAGGAAGUGAUCCUGAAUUCCUCAAAUAUGGCAGUACCUCGGCUACUCCUGAAUCCGAACCUGAUGGUGCUCCCGUCGAUACUGCUGCAGAACAACACCCAGUUGCUGGAAACGGUGAUAAAGGUAUAUGGAAGCUCAAGGUUGUCACGAAUCGAAAUGUCAAGGAUGGCGAUACAUGGAAGACUGUGCCUGAUUGGCAUAAUGUUCGUCUUGUUGGGAGGUCUCGGGAGUCGUGGUCGCCAAAGUUGGCAAAAGGUGCUGCUGUCGUUCUUGAAGGUCGAUUGGGAUACUACAAGACUGAUUUGGGUGGCAAGCUGCCUAAUCCAAUGACCUUGUGUGAUAUCACUGCUGACCGUAUACAAUGGAUUUCAGAUCCUAAAGCCAAAAUCGUUCCUGAACAUUGA